AACAUAGCAUGGAACUUUUGGACAUAGGACGACAUUGUGCAAAGUCUGAUUGCAAACAAUUAGAUUAUCUCCCCAUUAAAUGUCAAUAUUGUAAAAAAGAUUUUUGUUUCGACCAUUCAAAGCCCAGCGAACAUAAUUGUAGCGACGCACCUAGUGGAGAUGGUGAGCGGGUUCCAAUCUGUCCCUUGUGUGGAGUGCCUGUUCCGAUUGUCAGAGGCGAGGAUCCCAAUAUUAAA